GGGGGUGGGGAGGCUGUGUCCGGAUACGUGGUGGAACUUGAGGCGGUCCUAGAGACCCACGCACCCUCUCUUGGUUCAUCCCAGCCCACCAUUUACGCUUCCAAAGUUAAAAAUGGCACCCUCCACUUCUUCCCAAGUCUUCUCGGCGCUUUUACUCGCAUUUUUCCUCUCUGUGGUGAACUCUCAGUAUGAAAAGUACAGCUUCAGGAGUUUCCCCAGGCACGAGCUGAUGCCCCUCGAGUCCGCUUACAAAUACGCACUGGACCAGUACACGGGAGAGAAGUGGAAGGAGACGGUGGAGUACAUGGAGGUAUCUCUGCGGCUCUAUCGGCUGCUGCGGGACAGCGAGGCCUUCUGCAACCUCAACUGCAGCUCCGUCAGGCUGGACGACGAGCAGAAGUUUGCGGAGUUUGCAGAGCUGCGGGCGUUUGGAAACGUUAUGAAGAGGGCGCAGUGCCUGAAGCGAUGCAAAGAGGGGUUGCCCGCUUUCAGACAGACCAUGCCCAGCCGGGACACCAUAGAAGAGUUUGAGAGGAGGGAGCCGUACAAAUACCUGCAGUUCGCCUACUUCAAAUCUGACAACCUGGCCAAGGCGGUGUCUGCUGCUCACACCUUCCUGCUGAAACACCCCGAUGAUGAGAUGAUGCAGAGGAACAUGGCCUACUACAAGAGUAUGCCCGGAUCUGAGGAACACCUCAUAGACCUGGAGACCAAAUCCUAUGAGACACUAUUUGUGCGUGCGGUGCGGGCGUAUAAUGGGGAAAACUACCGCACUUCGGUGUCAGACAUGGAGCUGGCUCUGCGGGACUUCUUCAAGGUCUACGACGAGUGUCUGGCUGCGUCCGAGGGUCCCAGAGACGUCAAAGACUUUAAAGACUUCUACCCCUCUAUAGCUGAUCACUACAUUGAGGUCCUCGAGAGGAAGGUGAGGUGUGAAAGUGACCUGACGCCUGUCGUCGGGGGUUUCGUCGUUGAUAAUUUUGUGGCAACCAUGUACCACUACCUUCAGUUCGCCUAUUACAAAUUGAAGGACCUGAAGAACGCAGUACCAUGUGCAGCCAGCUACAUGCUCUUUGACCCCAAGGAUGAAGUGAUGAAGAAUAACGUUGCCUAUUACCAGUAUCACAAGAAACCGUGGGAACUGACAGAGGAGGACUUCCUCCCCAGAUCAGAGGCGCUGCGGUACCACAAUCAGACCUCUAUGCAGUUAGGGAUGUUGGAGUUCUCCAAACAGCGCCUGGUGAGCGACGAUGAGGGAGAGGUGUUUGAGUUUAUAGAUCAGUUCCUGGAAGUUGUGGAAGAACCCAAACUGGAAACUCCGCCUAAAAUCUGAAACAAACAACAAAACAAAACCACACCCGCAAGUUUGUAUUUAUUUUGUUUUGCAAGAGUCUCUGACUGAUCACUGUGUGUUAACCUGCAGAUCCACAUCCUGAGUUUUUUUUCCUAUUUCCUUUUUUAUGCACUAAACCUCCAGUUCAGAGGUUAUGGACAAUGGCUACAUGAUUUAAAGACAAUGAUAAUAAUAGAGAUAUUAAUAUUUUAACUCACUGUUUUAUGGAUACUUUCCUCCACUGUGAAUCAUGUAUGUUGUCUGUCAAAUGGUCAUUUUUACAAUAAAAGGAUAAUAUAACUUGCCAAA